AUGUACCUAUAUUUUUUCUUCCUCCUGCUUACACUCACCAAAAGAAACCACACCCUAAACAUUAAGAAGAGGUUCCAGGUUUUGAAUUAUAUCCAUUUUAGCAACUCUAAGGCAUCAAUCAGAAACGUUACCUUGGUUUAUUCUACUAAUAAGAACUCGAGUCGGCAUGAAAUAUACAGGAAAAGAUUCGAAAGGGAGCUGAAGGAGACACUCCAAUCAAUUUUGUACAAAAAGGGGAUUAAGAUAAAUUAUAAGUACCACAUCGAUGAAGAUAUAAUAGAAGGAAUAGCGAUUCACCGAGUUCAGCUGAACAGUGAUUGUUCUGUGGCAAAAGUUUUUAUCGAAAUAAUGGGAGACUCCAUCGAUUCCAGACAGGGCUACAUCUGGAUGAAGAAAAACUGCAAACGAAUUCGCUACAUGUUGGCCCAAGCAAUUAAACAUCGGAAAAGAGUCCCAUUUUUAAAUUUCGUCCUCAGCAAUUUAAGCGAGCAAACACAAUUGUUUUGUCAGAUGGAAAACAUACGGGAGUACUACGGAGAAAUGUUUAAGGAGGACUUGGGGCAAUCUGAAUCAAACGGGGAAGAAACAGAUGGGGAAGUGAAGUGGGAAGAAAAAGGGGACACUCACUACCCGCAAAAUGAACAACUGGGCAACGAACAAUAG